AGUCUGAGCUCAGAUCAGUGCAAUUCGCGUUCGUUCGGCUGAAAGGUGACGUUUUAUUCAAAUUUUAAGUGUCGGAAAUUUUUUGCCAGUUUGUGGAAUUUAACCCAAUCCAAAAUGCAUUCGGACCAAUUGAUUCUUCUGCUGUCUAUCGUCGGAGUAACGUUUGCUUUACCACAACCUCAAACAGCCACAGGAUUAGAAGCUGCUGUACAACAGCCGACUGCCCAGCAAGUGCCAGUUGUGGUGGCGCAGGAGCAACCUGGCCAGUCUCCAGAAGAACUUGCCCAACUAACUCAGGAACAGAACUCUUCGGUUAGCGAAUAUGCUGCCCGCAAAAAGAGAGGUUUUGGUGAGAUAGACAUCAACAUCGACUAUUACGGUGGCGGACCUGGUUUCUACGGUGGCUAUGGGCCUUAUGGUGGUUUCGGCUACGAUGGUUUCGGAUAUGGAGGAUACGGAGGAUACGGGGGUUAUGGAGGAUACGGUUUUGGAUAUCCUCGCCACCAUCAUCAUCACCACGGAUGGUACUAACUUAAAUAGUUUGAAAAUUGUGUUGUGAUUUUUUUUAAUAAAGCGGCUUAUUGUUAGUUGAUUUGA